AUGUUACAUCCAAGCUCACUCUGCCACCCAUCCCCAGUGACAGUCGGCCGCAGAUGGGGUGUCAUCGUCGCCUGCGCCGUCUUCUGUGUCGGUGUGGCCCUGCAAACCGCUUCCAUCUCUGUCCCCGUCUUCGCCGUUGGCCGUGUGUUUGCCGGUCUCGGCGUUGGAAUGGCGUCUUGUCUGGUCCCCAGGUACCAGUCUGAAUGUGCCCCGAAAUGGAUCCGUGGCGCUGUUGUGGCCUGCUAUCAAUGGGCCAUCACCAUUGGUCUCUUGGUCGCUGCCGUCGUCGUCAACGCUACCCAGAACUUUUCAGAUGCCAGCUCGUACCGCAUCCCCAUCAAUCCAAAUCAUCGCCUGGACGGCUGGGCGGGCUUUGGUAGACUGCCGGAGUCUCUUGGUCGGAAGCCGUUUUUUGCCGGCAAUUGUCUCCCUCAUAUCGGGACCAAUAACAACUGCCUCUCUUCCUUCUGUUUGAUUAAAACUUGUACACAAAAACCAUAA